UUUGGACUGUAUUUUUUUUUUUUAACAGGAAAAAAAUGGUGUGUUGUUUUGAUGCUGAGAGUGGGGGUAGGUUUAGAUGCAGUAGCGGGACGUGCGUAUUGCGAAAUCGAGACAUGUGAAAUAAGCAAGUGAUAACUGUAUCGUCGUGGGUUUUACUUUGGUAGUGGUGUUUUCUGUAUCAGGACAGAGAUUUGUUUCACAACAAAAAUGAAAUUCUCUUUACAAAACGCUACAAAGUGCGGAAGACUUGGAAUUAUUACGGAGAUUUCACGUUUGCCGGAGAUGGCGUUAGAGACACCUCUCCUGCUCUUGUAUACGAAGGGUGGGUCUGUGCCUCACCUUACACAUGAAGUCCUGGAGAUGGUUUCUCAUGAGAAGCAUCCUCUGUGUGUUAACUUACCAACAACUAUUCACAUGCAUUCACCAGUUGCUGAGAUAAAGAAGGGCCUAGCCUCAUUUAUUGGCAUGAAGGACUACAUGAUCUACUGUGGUGUUCAGGACCCAGCAGUAGUCAGUCCCUCAGGAUACAAUGAGAAGGGAGCAGUCUCUGUGUGGUCCAGAAGUGGUAAUCAUUCCCUGACACCAGAUAUGUACAUGGAUCUGAUUGAAGCCUUCCAGCCUGACAUGUACCAAGCACUCUGUGAUGGUGAUACGGAUAUCCAUAGCAGCAAAAAACGUACGCGGAAGUGUGUUGAACGCACAUCAGAGUUUCUUAAACACUGUGUUCGGAGGCAUAAGGCAUCAAAGACAUUACAAAGCAGUAGCCUCUUCGCAGUAAUUGAAGGAGGAUACAGCGUACAUGCAAGACAAGAAUCGGCCAGAGCUGCAGCUCAGCAUCCUGUAUCUGGCUUUGUUAUUGAUGGCCUACAUACCAAUGGACCAGAUGUGGAGAAAAUUACAAUCUCUAGCAUCAGAGAAGUUAUCCAGGAGACUGUGAAGUUACUUCCAGAAGACAAGCCCCGUAUUACUCAUGGUUGUUGGAAUCCAGAUAUGGUUCUUAAACUGGUAGAGUCUGGAAUUGAUGUAUUUGACAGCUCAUACCCGUUUAUUGUGUCAGAGAGAGGAUCAGCUUUAGUGUUCUGCAACUCAUUGGAUUACGAGCACACCAAACAGCACAGUCCUGAUUCACCUAUAAAGGAAGAGGAAACUAACAAAAGUAUUGAUAUUGAUAGUCAGAAGCAAGCAGUAAAAUCAGACAAGGGUGAAAACUGUAAAAAUCUGAACUCUGAUUCAGAAGCCAUCAUACAUUCGUCAACCACAGGUGCAAAUGGUGUACAUGACAGUAAUGACACUGUGUACGAAAUAUCUCUAAAGGAUGAUAGGUUUCGUGAAGAUUUCGAGCCUGUGGUAGCGUCUUGUCAGUGCCUUUGCUGCAAAAAGCACACAAGAGCCUACAUACAUCAUCUAUUAAUGACCAAUGAGCUGCUUGCACCAGUACUGUUAUCAGUGCACAAUAUGCACCACUACUUGGCGUUUUUCAGAAGCAUAAGAACUGCUGUUACAAAAGGAGACCUUGAAUUGCUAAGAAAUAACAUAAAGUUAAAAAUGUAAACUGGCAUUUCCAUGAAGUAACUGUUCCUAUUUUUAUACGUUAUAAAAAGUGACACCAAAUUUGUACAAUAAUUUUAGUACAUCACUCUUUUCUUAAGUUGUAACUAUAUUAUAAUGAAACAUCACAUUUUUAUGUUCCUCUGUUUUAAAUUAUUGUAUUACACUUACUUAAUAGUGGUCAUGGUGGUCUAGGCAUUAGACACUUUGGCCCUGGAGUUCUCGGAUUUGAUUACAGGUAGAAGUGGGGAUUUUUCCUGAUUCUAGUCCUUCCAGGAUGGCCCUAGGUCCACCAAGCCUGCUAUCAAAUGAGUACAGGGGUUCUUUCUUGGGGGUAAAAGGUGGCCAAGGCAAUGAGCCUGGGGCCCUUCCCCUCCUAGUGCCGUGGCAGAGAAAUUCUGAAUUCUGCUGCAGUUAGGCCAGUAGCUGGGUGACGGGCAUGUGUCACAGACUUGAUCUUUAUUAUACUUAAUUGCAAACAUUCCUAUGUAAUUACAAUAAUGUAAGAUUGGUUGCAUCUAAAAUGUUUCAGCAAUUGUACACUAUUUUAUUAAAACAAUUUUGUACUGAAGCACUGACCAUAAAGUUAUAAGCUGAAGAAUGAUUGCAACCGAUUAUUGAUUUUGUGGUUUAUGCACAGUUUACGAGUUAGGUAUUGAUGUGAUUUGAAAGUAACAGUAUUACAAACACAAGAAAUGUAUGAGACAUUUGUGUUGUUAGUAUGGGCCUGUUCUCUCCACUGAUGUGAAGACAAAAGUCAGACCGAUUAUAAUUUAAUUGUAAUAUCACCAAAAUACAAACCAUUGAAAAAUGAAGACAAGUGCAUAAAUUCCUUAUACCAUUUUUGUAACAGUCACUUAUGUUGUAUACUCUGAUUAAAAUUACCUUGUGACUGACAGAUUGUAAUUGUGGGGGGCAGUGUUGCCGGCAUGCUGCCAGCAACACAUCACAAGGUGCUGCAUGUACCUACAGAGCAGGCAACACAGCAAGCAUGUGGCGCUCGAGAAAGAACUACAAUUGGAUCUCGGCUUGCCCUCUUCAAGUCGACUCGCCGAAAUGUCAAUCGAACAGUAAUUUUAAUUGGAGUAUAAACAGAAUAAGUAAAUUAGUUUGGCUUUUCGUGAGCAUUAUGUUGUACUUAAAAAAGAGCACUAAAAUCAUUUAUUUGAUGAACAUUGUGUGUGUGUGUGUGUGUGUGUGUGUGUGUGUGUGUGUGUGUGUGUGUAGUGGUUCAGGAAGACAAGCUACAGUAAAGGUGAAUAGUACAUUUGAGAAAUAACUAGAUCAAGUGCACUGUUAGCAGACCCUCAAAAAUUUAUAGUGCAGGCAUAUUCUUCUACAACAUACACCGAUGAGCCGAAACUUUAUGACCACAUGCUCAGUAACUUGUUUAUCCAUUUUUGUAACAACAUACAUCCUUGAUUCUGCAAAUCAGGGUCCAACUGUGGGUAGGCAUGUUGAGGUAUGUGGCAUCACACAGAUUAUGUAUUUCACGUAAAUAACAGGCUGCUGAUUUGUGUGUGCAAUGGUGGUGCCUAACAUCGACCAAAUAGGCCCCGUAGGAUUUACAUCAGAUGAAUUUAGUCACCAAGACAUCAGUGUGAGCUCAACUGUAAUGCUCUCCAAACCACUGUAGAAAGGUUAUGGCUCCAAGACAUGAACAGUUAUACUGAUGAAAGAUGACAUCACGGUUGGGAAAGACAUCAAGCAUGAAGGGAUAUCAGUGGUUUGCAGCUGUCAGCGUGUCUUCAAUUACUACCAUAGGUCCCAUUCAAGUGCAGGAGAAUGUCUCCCAUGCUCCCACCAUGGCACAGUGCAUGUUUUGAGCUGCUGUUUCACUUUGAUGAUGGCGUUUGUGGAGAUUACCAUCAACCUAGUAUAGUAAAAAUGUGAUUCACCUGAAGAGUCGACAUGUUUCCAUUGAUUGAUGGUUGAAUCCUGAUGGUCCCAUGCCCAGUGCAAUCAUAAUUGAUGAUGCCGUUGGUUCAACAUGUGAAAUAUAGGGCUGGUCUACUGUGGAGUUCCUUGUUCAACAGUGUAUGAGGAGCAGUGUACUCCAAAACAUAUAUGCAUGCACCAGCAUUGUGAUCUUUCAGCAGAGAUGCCACAGAUCAAUUUACAGAGUGGACAAGCCUCUGAACCCCAUGUUCUGUAAAGAGUUAUGGACGUUCAAUCAUUUAGCCCCUAGCGUUAGUUUCACUGUCCUUCUACCUCUUUCUGUAGAUGUUCAUGACAGUAGCAUGUGAAAGUUCGACCAGCUUUGCCAUUUUCGAGAUACUUGUUCACAAACUCUGCGUAGUAAAAAUCUGUCCUUUGUCAAAGUCUCUCGUCUCAAAGGAUUUCCCCAUUUGCAGCUCAUGUCUCCGCUUGGGUGAUCCCCUGUCCAUGUCUGUUCUGGUAGUAGAAUAUUUCGUAUAUGCAGAUGGGUUGAUUCUAGGUAAAAUUCCAAUCUCAUUUUUGCUUUCUGUUAUUGUAAAAGUAAUAAUUAUAUGUUCAUUGCCUUAUGAAGUUGAAUAUGAUUCUAUAUUAGCCUCUUCUCUUUUAGUGUAUUCUACCAACUAACAUGAGUGGUUCAUUUCGUUAUGGACAAGACCAAAUUUUUAAAAUGCAUACAACCUCAUUGUCAUGUUCUUAUGUAGACAAAGUGAUUUCAGAUGUUUUGUCUCCUGUAUAAAUUACUUCAUCAGUAUAUAUGUUCUUUUGUUUUUCACUCUAUGCAAGAAUUCUGAUUAAUUAUUUCCUCUGGGUAAACAAUGAUUUUCCAAUCAUGUGUAAGUGAAACAUUUUCAGUUGAAGAUGACAGCUGCAAAAUGUUUAAAAAAUAUUGAAAGAA